AUGAAACCAAUUCACUUCAAUUUCCGCCGCCACUUCGCCACUAAAUACACCGCCAAAAUCACCUCCACCUCCCCCACCGGCCGUUCCCUAGCCGCAGAAGUAACACCGCCACCGCCACUCCCCUCCGACAUCCGAGGCUACUCCCUCCCCCGCCAUGACCUAGUCUGCAAAGCCACCCAAAUCCUCCUCUCCGCCACAAACCCCCAUUCCACCAAACAAACCACUCUCCACGACCCAUUCUCCGACCUCUCCGAAUAUCUCCAAUCUCUCUCCAUCUCUCUAACUCCUCUCGAAGCUUCCGAAAUUCUCAAAUCACUCAAAAACCCUUCCCUCGCUCUCAAAUUCUUCCACUUUUGCCCCUCCCUUUCGCCCAAUUUCCGUCAUGACUCCUUCACCUAUAACCGUAUGUUCCUCAUUCUCUCCCUCUCGUCUUCCCCUCUUCGAUUCGAACAGACCGAAUCCCUUCUCGAUGAUAUGGAGCGACGCGGCCUGCGUGGCUCUAUCUCAACCGUUAAUAUUCUUAUUGGAUUUUUUGGUGAUUUGGAUCGUUGUGUUGGGUUGGUUAAGAAAUGGGAGCUUAGACUUAAUGCUUAUACUUAUAAGUGUUUGCUUCAAGCUUAUUUGAGGUUACGGGAUUCUGAUAAGGCUUUUAGUGUUUAUUUGGAUAUGUUGAGACGUGGUUAUCAAUUGGAUAUUUUUGCUUAUAACAUGCUUUUGGAUGCUUUGGCUAAGGAGAAUAAGGCGGAUCAAGCAUUUAAAGUUUUUGAGGACAUGAAACGAAGGCAUUGUGAGCCUGAUACGUUCACCUACACCAUUAUGAUCAGAAUGACUGGGAAAUCUGGCAAAACAAACAAGGCGCUAGCACUCUUUCAGGUGAUGUUAGAAAAGGGAUUCACUCCGAAUUUGAUUGCUUAUAAUACUAUGAUUGAGGCACUUGCCAAGGGGAGGAUGGCAGAGAAGGCUGUCCUUCUCUUCUCAAAAAUGGUGGAGAAUGAUUGUCAGCCUAAUGAAUUUACGUACAGUGUGCUUUUGAAUGUUCUUGUCGCUGAAGGACAGCUUCAUAAGCUUGACUAUGUUGUAGAGAUAUCAAAAAAAUAUAUGAAUAAGCAGAUAUAUGCUUAUUUUGUGAGGACUUUAAGCAAAUUGGGCCAUUCCUCUGAAGCACAUAGGCUAUUUUGCAACAUGUGGAACUUCCAUGACAAGGGGGAUAAAGAUGCUUACAUGUCCAUGUUGGAGAGUUUAUGCAGUAGUGGUAAAAUGACAGAAGCAAUAGAUCUUCUUAAUAGAUUUCAUGAAAAGUGUAUAACCAGUGAUACUAUCAUGUAUAAUACAGUAUUCACGGCUCUUGGCAAGUUGAAACAAGUAUCGCAUAUCCACGACCUUUAUGAAAAGAUGAAAUGUGACGGCCCUCUGCCAGAUAUAUUCACAUACAAUAUUCUGAUAUCCAGCUACGGGAGAGCUGGAAGAGUUGACAGUGCUGUUAAAAUUUUCGAAGAGCUAGAGAAUAGUAAUUGUGAUCCCGAUGUCAUUUCCUAUAACAGUUUGAUCAACUGCCUCGGAAAGAAUGGAGAUGUUGAUGAAGCUCACAUGAGAUUCAAAGAGAUGCAAGAGAAAGGAUUAAAUCCUGAUGUUGUAACUUAUAGUACACUUAUUGAGUGCUUUGGCAAGACUGAUAAAGUUGAGAUGGCGUGUAGCUUGUUUGAUGAAAUGAUUGCUGAAGAAUGCUCUCCUAACUUAGUAACAUAUAAUAUUUUACUCGAUUGUCUUGAAAGGUCUGGAAGAACUGCCGAGGCAGUGGACCUUUAUGCAAAACUUAAGCAACAAGGGCUGACACCAGAUUCAAUAACAUAUGCAGUGCUUGAGCGAUUGCAAAGUGGUAGACACGGGAAGUUGAGAGUUCGCAAACAGAAUCCAAUUACAGGAUGGGUUGUUAGCCCUUUGUGA